AUGUCGCCAACCCCCGAAGAAUCCAAUCAGAAUUCCGAGAAACAACCUCCCGCUGAAUUCUGGGAGCAGCCCCGCUUGCCUCGCCCUCCACCCACCAACGAGCAGAGAGCUGCCGCUCUUGCGCGCGUGCUUGAUCCGAAUGACCCUCUCUACCGCCCAAGUCAAGCGAAGAAUGUCGCCACCGUGAUUGAGCUUUAUCAAAACGGAACAAUCACGGUGAACGACGAGGUAUUCGUGGUCGACGGGCGUGUUGCCAGCCAAGAAGAGUGUAUUGCGGCCAAGAAGCCGUAUUUCUGCGAGCGUGGGAACCGUACCUCGCAGCAAUGUGUACAGAAGGCCAGCUAUGGACAUGGCCCUUACAUUCAUGGACACUAA